AUGGGCUUCCCAGCCAAGGGUGCCUUAACUGACCACCCGAUCAAGUUCCUCAUCCACGGCCGCACGGGCUGGAUUGGUGGCCUCCUCGGCAUCCUCUGUCAGGCCCAAGGCAUCCUCUUCCAGUACGCCUCGGGCCGUCUCGAGAACCGGGCCUCCCUCGAAAGGGACAUAGCCGAGGUCAAGCCCACCCACGUCUUCAACGCCGUCGGUUGCAUCUUCGAGUACGAUUCCGAUCAUCCUCUCGGAUCUGGAAUCGGCUUCAAAGAACUGGACACUCCCAAUUUCACCGGUUCCUUUUACUCUAAGACUAAAGCCAUGGUAGAGGAUCUGCUUAAGAACUACGAUAAUGUGUGUACCUUGCGAGUGAGGAUGCUUAUCUCUGCUUUCAUUGCUAUUGACAUGCCAUCGUCUGUAGACAAAGUAGAGAUGUAUGCUAAGCUGUUUUUCACAAUGCUGAAUCGUUCAGGAUGCAACAAAACCAAAGCAUCAUCUGAGAUGAAGUCUUGUACUAUUUUCAGUGCUUCCCAGGCAUUUUUGCUUAGAGCAGUGUAA